AUUUACUAUGUCUUACCGUGUUAACAAUGCAGAAAUUGAGGGACAACAUCCACUUCUAAAAGUUACUCCUGUGAGAUUCUUAAGAAUCAGACUUGUUUUGACUGUAAAUAAAAAAAUAUGAAUUUAGAUUAUUAUUUCCAUAAUGACAGGCUGUAUGUUUGCAUUGGCUUUGAGAUGGAGUAAAAAAUUGUAUAAUUGGUUUUUAUUUACUCCUUGUAAUGUCGAAGAGACAGGAACUCAUUAUAGGGUGGAUACAUAGAAUGGUCAAUAAUUUACAUUAGAAAAACAGUAGAUGAAUGGCAUUUAUUACUUUACAUUUAGGUAAAAUUAAUUUUGAAUUUAGAUUGCUUAAAUAUGCAUUCGAUCCAAAAACUCAAUGUUAUCAGCCAAUUGAAUUUGAAACUGACGGAAAGAUAAUCAAAGAUAUAAUAGGGAAUCGUAACGUAUUGACUCAAAACUUAAAAAUAUAAUAUUAUGGGAAAUGUUAACUAUAAAUACCUAUUCAACCAUUAGCAGAGUUUUUAUUUGAGCAUUUAACUGGUCCGUUCAACAUCCUUUAAUAUUUUGCUGUUGCAGUAUGGUUUGCUUAAAAUUCAAUAACAUUUCCUAUUCUAAUAUUGGCGUUUACUGCAAUAGCUGUUGUGGUUAAUUAUAUACUAUAUAGAAGAUCAAGAAGUCUUUUAUAAANCAAAGUAAUUAUGAAAUUUCUUUGA